CCGAAACCAAACCACGGGACCUUAGCUUAAAAUCCGACCCUUAAUCCCAGAUCCAACGGCCCAGAUCCCUCCUCCCGCAUCGACCCGUCCACCCCCCACCCCUCUUCCCGCCCUCUUCCCAUGUCGCCGGCGGCCGCCUCCGGCGAGGCGCCGCCGCCGCGCCCGCCGCGCGAGCUCUACACCAUCCCGGCCUCCUCAAGUUGGUUCCGCUGGGACGACAUCCACGACACGGAGCGGCAGGCGCUGCCGGACUUCUUCGGCGGCGCGGGCGGCAGCGGCGUGGGCACGGCCUCGCGGAACCCGCGGAUCUACCGCGAGUACCGCGACUACAUCAUCAGCAAGUACCGGGAGGACCCGGCGCGCCGCCUCACCUUCACCGAGGUGCGCAGGGCGCUCGUCGGCGACGCCUCGCUCCUCCGCAAGCUCUUCGGCUUCCUCGACUCCCACGGCCUCAUCAACUUCUCCGCCGCCUCCCCCCGCCCCGCCGCGCCGCGGCCCGGGGUCGGGGCGGACGCCGUCUUAGAGCCGCCCCUGGGGCUGCAGGUCACGCCGCGCCCGCCGCCGUCCUUCCUGGAGGAGAGGCUCGGUGGAGGCGGGGAGGGCGUGUUCCGCUUGCCUCAGCUCACCUCCUACGGCGACGUGUUCGGGGAGUGGGCGCCUGGGAAGGGGCCUCUAUGCGGCUUCUGCGGCCAGGAGUGCCUGGAUGGGAAGGUGGAGACGUUGAAGGAUGGUUUUAAAGUAUGUUCAAAGUGUUGCAAAACCAAUAGUGACAGUAAGGAGGAAGCAAAUAAAUUCUCUGAUGUUAAACAGGAGAGCUCUGACAACCAUGCUUCUAGUGCAUGGACAGAUGCAGAGACACUACUCCUUUUAGAAGGUGUCCUAAAACAUGGAGAUGACUGGGAUCUCAUUGCCCAGCAUGUCCGCACAAAGAAUAAAUCGGAAUGCAUUGCUAGGCUUAUUCAGUUGCCUUUUGGUGAACAUAUGCUGGGUACCAUAAAUGGUAAACCUGAUAGUAGGUUCCAGGCGAACCAAACAACUGAUGGCAAAACGAACCACUGCAUUGUGAAGGAGGCUUCAAGUCAGUCGACCGAAGUGGUUGAUGGCAUGCAGAUUGAUGGAGAGGAAGAUGGUGCUGAUAAAUUAGUUGAAGAACAUCCUUCGAAGCGUCGACGUUUAUGUUCUUCAAUAGAUGCCACUGGUUCAUUAAUGGAGCAGUUAGCACUGCUGACUACAGCAGUGAGCCCAGAUGUUGUCGCAGCAGCAGCUGCUGCAUCAAUUAAAGCAUUGGGGGAUGAAAACCCCCAAGCAAAGAAAGCUUUUCAUCUCAGCGAGAAAGAAUACCAAGGCAAAUCAUUCUCUUCUAACCGUGUCCAAGAGAGUAAUUGCAAUGUUGGCGAUCAGGAAGUGGAAAUGCAUGGAAAAACUGUUUCUGAUAAGAAAAUGGAAAAGAAGUUUGUUUCUACCGCAUAUCAAGUGAGGGCAGCUGUCGGGACAGCUGUUGGUGUAGCUGCUGCCCGUGCUAAGAUGCUUGCGGACCAGGAAGAGCGAGAGAUGGAGCUUCUAAUGGCUUCCAUAAUCGAAACUCAGCUAAGAAAGAUCCAGUACAAGAUCAAACACUUUGAGGAGCUAGAGCUGAUCAUGGAUCAGGAGUACACCACAAUACAGGAAAUAAAGGAAUCCCUCAUCAAGGAUUGGCUAAAGGUUCUCAAGCGAGCAUUUGAGACUGGAGCGCCUAUCCAGAGGGAUGAAGUGCUCACAAAGCUGUUCCUUAGCAAGUCUGCUCCAUAGCCAAUCUGACUUGGAGUAUUAUCCCUCCUCCGAUAUGGCUCGCCCUCUGACUGUAGCCCCUGUAGGUAAAGCAGCAUUCUGCGUGCAGGGGAGGGCGGGUCUGUAAAGGAUUGUUGUGCUUGGGGCUGCCACAACCCCCUUAUACCGCCAUCGUGUAAUUGCACAAGGCAGCAGCUUCGUUGUACCACCAUCCUGCUAGGUUAGAUAGCAAGAGUUGCUGAUAGUCGGUCUGCUGUAACUGUUGACGUUUACUUGACUUCAUUCUUUGGGAUGCACAGAUGUUUCGUCAGUUUAGGGGUGUCCGUAUUGUCGACCCCGUCAUGUAACUUGUAUUGUUUGGUUGCAGAAAUAGUUGCUGUACCUGUAAGUUUGCAA